UCACUCGGAUGCAGCGGGUCGGUAGCAGUCUCCCCAACGGGAGCCAGUCGGCGUCCCGAUGUCCCGGCGUGGCCUUUACUGAACAGAACCAGGUGACCACCCUGCCGGUGCAGCAGCUCGCGGAAGAUGCGGCAGCUGUACGGGGCAACGUCCAUGCGGAGGAUGGCUUCCAGAUGAAGAUGUAUGCCCACGGCUUCACCCCUGAGGAGCUGGUGGUUCAAGUGGACGGCGGAUGCCUGAAGGUGACUGGCCAGCGGCAACUGGAGGGCUGUGACCCGGAUGGGAGCGACUUCCGCGUGGCGCAGAAGGUGCACCAGCAAAUGUCAUUACCACCGGACCUGGAUCCCGCCGCCAUCAUCUGCUGCCUGACCCCGCUCUGGCCAGCUGUGCGUCCGCGGCCAGUGCCCGGUGCUGCCUUCCCCUGAAGCCCAAACAGGACCCGCCUCGAGACUCAGGAGCCGUGCCUCUAAGAAGGGUUCCAAACUAGCCCGACCCAGUGAACCACCACCGUAGUGAGAAACA